AUGGAUUAAAUCAACUGUUAAAACUCUAACCAUGAUUCAUAGAGAAUGAAAUAUAUUUGUGUAGAUCCAAUAUGUUAAACAUAACAAAAGAUUGGUAUUAUUAAUUUAAAAUGAUUAGGUUGUGCUGAUUGUUUUUUAGAAGAUCAUGCAACUCAUUAAAGAAAAACUAUUGAAUAGUUUAAUGAUUAAGUGAAACAACAGUUAGAUUCGUUUAAUUAGAUAGAAUUUUAACCUAUAACAAAUACAAUAUAAUAAGAUUUAGAGAAGUAAAUUGAAAAUGAAUUAGAGAAUUGUCUUUCUUGUAUUAAAUAUAGAUUUACUAAUAUAAAAAGUGAUUUGUAAAGUUUAUUAGAUGAGGAGAAUGAAAAAUUAUAAGAAAGUUAUAAUGCUUUGCAAUAGAGUAAAAAUAAUGAAUUAGAUUAAAUGAAAAAUGUGAAUGAUUUACAUACAAUAAGUUAAGAAGAAUUAAAUGAAUUAAUCAAAUUUUAUUAGGAAUCAUCUAAAAUAAAGAAUAAUUACUCAUAAGCAUCUGAAAUAUUUGCAGAUGAGAAAAAUAAAAUAAAAUAAAAGAGAUAGAAAUAUUUAUAAAAAUUAUAGAUAAUAAUGUAAGGAUUAAUGAAAGAGUUCAAUGAUUUAAUGACAACUAGAAAUUUGUAAUAUGAUGAUUUUAGUGAAUUUGAGACACCUUAGAAAUCAUCAUUGUCUCCAAACAAGAUGUAAAAUUUUGUAGAAAGUACAAGAUCAUCAAGAAGAUAUUAUAUGGAUUAUUCAAAAAAAUCUUUAUUUGGAAAUGCUUCAAGAAAAGAUUGA